AAUGUUGAAGUUGAUAAGAAGUGGUACAGAGAUGAGAGUCAAAUUUACAGAGGAUGCAUUCAAUGUGUAGGAGGAGUAAACUGAUAAACAAGUAGUAUUCAAUAACAAAAAUAUUCAUUAUUAUGUGAUUAUGAAGAUUCUGAAUAAUUUUCAUAUAAAUUGUUUGAUUAUUCAUAACUGUGCUUGGCAACUUUCAAGAGUUUUAGUUAUUUUGGUGGUAUAAUUAUAAUGUUGAAUGUGAUCAAAUGCGUUAACACCGCAUAUCUACUUUACUUAUUCGGUUGUAUUGUUUUUUCAGCAGUAGAUUUCUCUGAUGGGUUAAGAUUGAAAAAAUACGAAAAGCAUAUUAAUGCGAAUGAUUUCAUAAAGUGCAAUGGACAGUAUCAUUGUAGCGAUGGAGAACCAUCAUAUUCCAACAUAUCCCACCAAUUAACAUCAACCCAUAGACCUAAUAAAAUUAGAAGAAAGAGAGCUGCAAACGACUAUUGCAUCGAACCAGUACCUACUCCAGAUAAAAUAAUCUCAUAUUCUUGUCCCAGCGAUGGUUCGAAUUCUUGUUCUACGAAAGGAUUAAUUCGUCAGUUUACUAUCGCGACGAUUCAGUGCACCCCGAAUUAUUUUUCAGCACCUGAGACUAAUUUUCAGUCCAUCUGUAAUGGACGAAAUUGGGUUCCACCAAUUGACAGAUGCUUUAAGAAGUGUGAAAAACUCAACCCUGUAAAUGUUGAUCUUCAAUGUUACCGCAAAGGAAUAAAUAUUGCUUGUGAUGAAAACCUGUUGCUGGCUGGCACCAGAAUUCGUCCAACUUGCAAGCAACUGUACAAAUACGGUGAUUUUGUCCCAUCGUAUCAAGAAAUCGUGUGCCUUGAAGAUGGAAAAUGGGAUAAAAUAUUAUUCUCGUGUGUUCCAGAAUGUGGUCGCUCUUACGUGAACGGGGAGCCCUUAAUUUCGGGCGGAGUUGAGGAACGUUACGGUGACUCCCCUUGGCAUGUAGCUAUUUACAAUCAAAAAAAGGUAUUAAUUUGUGGUGGAACGAUCAUCAGUCCAGAAUUGGUUUUAUCAGCUGCGCAUUGCUUUUAUGAUCGAGUGAAUAAUAAGAAACAGGACGCCGUUAAUUAUGAAGUUGUCGUUAGUAAAGUUAGCAGAAAUUAUUCUCAAAUUGAUAACAAAUACCAAAAAGUGUUCAAGAUCAAUGAAAUACGUUACUCUGACAAAGGAUUCGUGGCUUUGGACAAUUAUUACGCAGCUGACAUUGUAAUUUUAAUUUUACAAGAAAAAAUCACCCUAUCGCCGACAGUGUUGCCUGCCUGUGUUGAAUGGAUACCUGUACAGAAACCUCCGGAAGGCACACUUGGCAAAGUUUCGGGUUGGGGAGCCAAUGAAUAUGGAAAACUGAGCGAACGUUUACUUACAACAAAUUUACCCUUUAUUAGUCGAGGGCAAUGUUUGAAUACUGUGCCAAGUGAUUUUAAACCAUUCGUAACACUUGAUAAAUUUUGUGCUGGAUCUCAAACAGGUUCAUCCGUUCUUCAAGGGGAUAGCGGUGGCGGUUUAUUGUUUCGAGAAGGCAAUUUUUAUUAUAUUCGAGGCAUCGUUAGCUUAAAACAACCCACUGCUACUGCAAUUGCAGCCUUCACAGACCUAGCUGAUUAUGUUGACUGGAUUCUUGCAGUACGAAAUGCAAUAGAACAAGGAGAAAAAGACAUCAAAGACGAUGUAAUACUCCCAUCGACAAAAAUUUCUUUAGAUUGUGGACUUUCAUCAACGUAUAUUGAUGAUUCAGCCCCUUGGCACGUAUCCGUUUACAAUGUAACUGAAAAUAGAGUGACAUGUGGAGGUACAAUCAUAAGCUCUCGAUUGAUGCUAUCAGCUGCACAUUGUUUCAAUAUGCCUCUGAAUCUCAGUCAGUAUGAAAUAGCUGUCAAUAAAAUUCCAAAAACCCAGAAAACAUACAAGAUUAAAGAAGUACGUUUUUUCAUUCCGGGACAAACUGCUGCAGAAUAUGAUAUUGCGAUAGUAAUUUUGACAGAGAAGCUCAGUUUCAAUUCAGAAGUUUCGCCAGUAUGUAUAGAAUGGACCAGAAACAGCGAAUUUACUGCUCCUGAAGGAACACUUGGAAAAUUCAUAGGAUGGGACUGGAACAGAAAUGGAACAACUACUUUGCUUACUCAAUCACUACCCUUUAUAAGUCAUGAUCUCUGCGUGAGCAAACUAUCCUCCAGUCAUUUCAAGUCAUUUGUGCAAUUUGAUAAAUUUUGCGCCGAUUCAAAAGCAAUGUCUUAUUAUGCAUCGAGCAGAGGAAGUGGAUUCGUUUUUCAGAACGGUGCUCGUUAUUAUAUUCGAGGCAUUAUGAGCAUUAGGGCACCUGCUCAACUUGGUGUGGCUCUAUUUACCGAUAUAUCUUAUUAUAUCAAUUUGAUAGUUGCAGUUUUGGAUGAGGUUGAGUGAUGAUCUGUAGUUGAAUUAUUUUUAAAUGCCUACAUAAAUUAUUGAAAAUCGAUUAAUCAAAGUCCAAAAAUCGAUUCAUUUUUGAUUUUCGAUUCCAUAUGAUCGAUCAUGUUCGAAAUGAAAAAUUGAUUUUUGGCUUUUGAAAUAGACUUCCAGGUCAAAAAUCGAUCAUAUUUAAAAAACGAUAAUCGAUCCCCAAAAAUCGACUUAUUGCGAUUUUCGAUUUAAUACUUUGAUUGGUUAUGUUUGAACUGAAAUAUAAAUUUCAUGAACUUUUUGGCCUCCAAAGUGGAUUUCUGGCCAAAAAUCGCGCAUGAUUGAAAAUCGAUCAAUCGAACCCCAAAAAUCGAUUCAUUUGUGAUUGUCAGAUUUUCGAUUCCAUAUAAUGAUUGACCAUGUUCGAAAAAGAAAAAUAGAUUUUGGCCUUUAAAAAUAAGACUUCCACAUCAAAAAUCGAUAAUCGAUCCCCAAAAAUCGAUUUAUUUGCGAUUUUCGAUUUAAUAUUUUUAUUGGUUAUGUUUGAAGUGAAAUGUCAUGAACUUUUUGGCCUCAAAAAAUAAAAUGGACUUUUUGGCUAAAAACUGAUCAUGAUUAAAAAUCGACCUAUCGAACCCCAAAAAUCGAUUUAUCUGCGAUUUUUAAUUCAAUAUCGUAAAAUAAUGUUUGCACAUAUUUUAAGAACAUCUUGUAUUUUUAGUGAAUAAAAUAAACCUACGUU